AUGCAGUCUCGGAGAAGGAAAUCAAGCAGUGCUGCCUUCACGGACGCCACCUGGGAUGAGAAUGUGGCGGUUGUGCAGGUGGCUGUUCGUGAAAAAGGCGUGAUUACCUUGGACGACCUGGAGGCAAUUCUAGGAAUUCUUGGCGGGUACAAAGGAUUCAAAAAGGAUUGUCCUGACGGGAAAUUAACGGAGCAGGGCUUCAUCAAAAUCUACAAGCAGUUCUUCCCGCAAGGGGAUCCGACCAAAUUCGCUUCGCUCGUGUUCAAAGUUUUCGAUGAGAACAAGGAUGGUUCGAUCGAAUUCGAGGAGUUCAUAAAAGCUUUAUCCGUGACGUCGAGAGGAAACAUCGAUGAAAAAUUGCACUGGGCUUUUCGAUUAUACGACGUGGACAACGACGGAUUCAUAACCAGGGAAGAGAUGUACAAUAUCGUCGACGCAAUAUAUCAGAUGGUGGAUGGUUCGAUCGAAUUCGAGGAGUUCAUAAAAGCUUUAUCCGUGACGUCGAGAGGAAACAUCGAUGAAAAAUUGCACUGGGCUUUUCGAUUAUACGACGUGGACAACGACGGAUUCAUAACCAGGGAAGAGAUGUACAAUAUCGUCGACGCAAUAUAUCAGAUGGUGGGUCAGCAGACGAGUCCCGAGGACGACAACACGCCGCAGAAGCGAGUGGACAAGAUCUUCGACCAGAUGGACAAGAACCACGACGAGAAGCUGACCAUGGAGGAGUUCCGCGACGGCAGUAAAGCCGACCCCCGCAUAGUGCAGGCGCUGUCGUUUGGCUGUGAUAUGUGAUCGGGAAAGGAAGGGCCAGGGAUCCGAUCCGAGAAACCCGACGAGGUGCGACGCGACAACAAAACUGCCCCUCGACCGAAGAGAAUAAAGAACCAAACAAAAACGAAACACACACACACAACAAAAAGAAAAAAGAGAAGAGAGAAAAAAGAAAGAAAAGGAAUCCGACUCCUUUCCGAAGACGUUUCUUAUAUUCGCCCCCGCGGAACCUGGUAUAAUAAUUCGGUAAAAAGAGAAAAGAAACCUGCUUAUUCCUUGAAUAUGCGGGGAAAGCAGCAAUUUUCGAGAGCGUAUAUGCGUCGCUAUAUAUUUUCUCCGCGCGUCGACACCCCUGAUAUGUGAGAGAGACCCCCAUCAGCAAACACACGUACUGUACUGUAAUGUGCUGUACUGUACUGUACAUGCAAUCCCUGAUACCCUUGCCUUAUUAUAAGCCAGAGACCAACCUCUUUAUCAGACGGAACCCUUUUAAAAAAUCAUGCAUUGACGGAGGUUUCAAGAGAGAAACAGAGCGAAUUUUCUUGUUUCGUCUCGGCGGACGUUGCUCAAGUCCAAGUUUCAUCUUCGUCGUCACCAUUCUUUGUCAGUCAGUCCAUUUCUUUCCAGCUUUUCUUUUCUUCGUCGACGUUUAUUUCCACAUUAUCCACUGUAUAGAGAAUUUCGCGAAUCCCGGUGCUUGUGGGAAUUAUGAUGGACUCGAAUCAUGUAUUCCUCGCUUCGCGCUCAAUAAGCUGCCGCUGGAAACAUUCCGCUCGUUGUUUUUGAGCUCUCCCAAUCCUUUCCUGUGAAUGCUUUUCAAGCAGAAAAAUGCAUUAUGCACACACAUCAUGUCAGUACAUUCCCAGGGUGUUCUAUAUAGAAACGAUCACAUUCGCGUCAAACCAGAGUGCUUUUUUUGUACGUGUGUUAAAACCCCGCGUGUGUCUUUCCACGAAGCGUGCUACUGUUGGCUUUUUCAUUUUUUGCGCGCAUGAAAACAAUCCUGGAUCAUACGAAGG